AUGAGUCCUUAUCGACUUGUCUUUGGCAAGGCUUGUCACCUACCAAUGGAGUUGGAACAUAGAGCUUAUUGGGCCAUCAAGACACUUAAUUUUGAUCUCAAGAAAGCUGGAGAUGCAAGAAAACUUCAAUUGAAUGAGUUGGAGGAAAUUCGGAAUGACGCUUACGAGAAUGCAAAGAUUUACAAGGAGAGGACUAAGCGUUACCAUGAAAAGACCAUUCAAACAAAAGAGUUCGUAGUAGGUAUGAAAGUUUUACUUUAUAAUUCCCGUUUGACUCUCUUUCCCGGAAAAUUAAAGUCAAGAUGGACUGGCCCUUUUCGAGUACAUCAAGUCUUUCCUCAUGGAGCAGUUGAUAUUGAGAAUUUAAGCACUGGAUCGAUAUUCAAGGUAAAUGGACAACGACUGAAACCGUAUUUGGAGGAACAUCAAACACAAGACAUCGACGUCUUGGCGCUGACCGCCCCUUAA